CCCGAAUGGAAAGUCAUUACUGCCGGUCUGAAUCAAAGAUGGAAUAUAUAGAAGGAGGGAAAACUGUGAGAGACCUUCAUCGAGAUUAUGUGGAGUUAUGUGAAGAAGUGAAGAAACCACAUGUCAAUUACCUGAUGUAUUAUAAGAUUUUCAAGGAGGAGUUUAAUAUCCCCUUUUUCGUUCCCAAAAAAGACGCUUGUGACUAUUGUGAAGGUUUUCGAAAUUGCACAGAAGAAGAGAAACAAAACCUGCUGGAAGACUAUAGCAAACACAUACAAGAGAAAGAUCUAGCAAGAAUUGAGAAGUCAACUGACAAGGAAUCACCCAAUGCUGUCGUGGCAGUAUACGAUUUACAAGCAGCUCUUCCAUGCCCGCAAGGUGAUUCCUCUUCAUUUUAUUAUGUAUCAAAAUUGAACGUUUACAAUCUAUCAAUUUAUGAAUUGAAAACGACUGACGCUUUCUGCUACAUGUGGCAUGAAGGUCUUGCAAACAGGGGGGCCAUUGAAAUAGGUUCCUGCGUUUGGUCCUAUUUGCAAACUUGUAACGAAAAAGCGACUGGAAAAAUAGAUAUUAUUUUCUACUCAGAUAAUUGUGUGGGGCGAAACAAAAAUCGGUAUAUUUUUGCUUUGUAUAUCAAUGCUGUUUCAGUUUUCGAAAAUAUAAAUUCCAUCACGCACAAAUUUCUUGUAGCCGGGCACACGCAAAAUGAAGGGGAUCACAUUCAUUCUGUAAUUGAACGGUCAAUCAGGCAGUUUAAAAAAAGAGCUCCCAUCUACGUACCAGAGCAGUAUUUAAGCUUGGUCAGGCAAGCUAAAAAGAAUGGUAAGCCGUAUAUUGUCCAUGAAAUGGGUUUUGAAGAUUUUUUUCGAUUUCAAAGAAUUGUCAAAGGACAUGGGAAUGAAGGAAAUUUUUAAAAACGAGAAUAAUGAAACAAUUCGCAUUGCUGAUGUGAGCGUUGUUAAGGUAACCAAGGCAAACCCUGGACAUCUUCUAGUUAAAACGUCGUAUGCGCAAUCGGAAUUCAUGUGCAUAGAUGUUUUGCAGCAGAAACAGCGUGGUGUCAAGCGUGUUUCUUCAAUUCCUGAACAGGGUACAUUUGGACCUUUGAAAAGGGCUUACAAGAAGAAGGUAGGAAUAAGUGAGAAAAAAAAAGAAAGGUUUGUUGGCUCUUUUUGCUAAGACUAAAAAAUCUGUCGCUGUCAUGCCUCAGUAUUAUAAGACGUUUUUUGAUAACUUAUAAUUGCUUAUAUUUAUUUUAUUUUUCAAGUGAG